GGGUGACGGAGGAAGGCCUGGACCGGGGGAAGGGUUUUUCCCCCCCCUCCCUUGGUGCCUCUUCGGCUUGGCAAGCUUUUGCCUAUUUUUUCCCCCCUUUCCCUCGAAUCAUGGGGCGGGAAGGAUCCCUUCGUCCUGCUCGUCUCCUCUUUUGGACAUUGGAAAAAGAGGCCUCGGGACUCCCGCCGAAAGCCAAGUCUCUUUGGCAGGCGCCUUUUUUCUCUCCAUACAGGGAUCGGUUGAUAUACAUGCUUUUGCUUUUGUUUUUUUCUGACCACGUUGUGUCCCGGAGCGGGUAUCUGACAACAGAUUUCAAAAUUAAUUCGGCAGCCCCUUUCCCUCCCUCCCUCAAUUUUAAUCCCGCGUUUUCGCCAUCUCCGUGUUUGAAACGCUCCACAUCAUGGUUGUCGUCAGUACAGUUUUCUUAGUCUUGACUUGUCGGCUUAUUUUAAUUACGUUCAACUGCUACAGCCGUGUAUUCUGUUAAAAUCGAUGUGUAAUUAUUUCAGUGAGGAACAAGGGGCGUCUGGUGGAUAGCCGUAGUUGGUAGCAAAAGUUACCUUGUAAGCUAUCUCUUGAAAUAUUUCAACCAUGACUAAAAGAGAAGCAGAAGAACUAAUAGAAAUAGAAAUUGAUGGAACUGAAAAACAAGAGUGCACCGAAGAAAGCAUUGUUGAACAGACUUACACUACUGCAGAAUUUGUAAGUCAGGCUAUUGAUAUCAAUGAACCAGUUGGAAACCUAAAGAAACUACUGGAACCAAGACUUCAAUGUUCCUUAGAAGCCCAUGAAAUCUGUCUGCAAGAUAUACAGCUGGAUCCAGACCGUAGUCUGUUUGAUCAAGGUGUGAAAACAGAUGGAACUGUGCAGCUUAGUGUCCAAGUAAUAUCGAGGCAAGGAAUGGACCCCAAGUUAAACAUCCUUGAAAUUGUAAAACCGGUCGAAACAGUUGAGGUAGUGAUUGAUCCAGAUGCCCAUCACACUGAAACUGAAGCACACCUUGUUGAAGAAACUCAAGUAAUAACAUUAGAUGGAACUAAACAUAUUACAACCAUAUCUGAUGAAACAUCAGAACAAGUAACUCGAUGGGCUGCAGCAUUAGAAGGAUACCGUAAAGAACAAGAACGCUUAGGAAUACCUUAUGAUCCAGUACAAUGGUCAACUGAUCAGGUACUGCAUUGGGUUGUAUGGGUGAUGAAGGAAUUCAGCAUGACGGACAUUGAUCUCAAUACACUUAGCAUUCCAGGAAGAGAACUGUGUAGCCUCAGCCAAGAAGAUUUCUUCCAAAGAGUCCCUCGGGGAGAAAUCCUAUGGAGCCACCUGGAACUUCUUCGAAAAUAUGUACUAGCUAGCCAGGAACACUCUGGAGAAAUAGCAACAGUUACUAUUGAUCAACCUGUGCAGAUUAUUCCAGCUUCAGUUCAGCCUUCUACUCCAACUACCAUUAAAGUAAUUAAUAGUAGUGCAAAGACAGCAAAAGUACAAAGAGCUCCAAGGAUUUCAGGGGAAGAUAGAAGUUCACCUGGUAACAGAACAGGAAACAAUGGUCAGAUCCAGUUAUGGCAAUUCUUGCUUGAGCUUCUGACUGAUAAAGAUGCCCGAGAUUGCAUUUCAUGGGUUGGUGAUGAAGGAGAGUUUAAACUAAAUCAACCAGAACUAGUUGCCCAAAAGUGGGGACAACGUAAAAAUAAGCCUACAAUGAAUUAUGAAAAACUCAGUCGUGCUUUACGGUAUUACUACGACGGUGACAUGAUCUGCAAAGUACAAGGCAAAAGGUUUGUAUACAAGUUUGUGUGUGACUUGAAGACUCUCAUUGGGUACAGUGCAGCUGAACUGAAUCGGUUGGUGACAGAAUGUGAACAAAAGAAACUGGCAAAGAUGCAAUUGCAUGGGAUUACACAACCGGUCACAGCAGUUGCAUUGGCUACAGCAUCUCUGCAAACAGAAAAAGAGAAUUGAGGACUAGGACCUAAAAGCUUGACAACAUUCUUUUACACUUAGCAGUUUCUGGUUUUAAAAUUAGAACUGCAUCUAUUAAUUGGCAAUUUAAUAUGAUGCAUGAUUUUCUACAAGGAACGCUCAUAAAUUAGGGCUUUUUUCACUUAAAGAUGUGUUUCAUGAAUGUUAACGGCACUCCACAGGUUCUACAAUAUGAAGACAUACAGGUUAUAGCAAAGAGUUUGGGAAUUAUAAGGAAAUCGAAGAUCUGUUGGUAUUAUGUUGUGCUACAUUGCUUAUUUUUUCAGAGCUUAAAAUAAAACAUUCACAUAUAGAGCAGUCAGAUUUUUUUUAAAAAAAUUAGUCUCUGCACUUCUUCAGAUGCUAUGUUAAUAAAUUUCUAAAAUUAGAACAGUUUCUGUUAGCUAUCCUCAUUAUAAUUUUAAGCAUGACAGGUUGUAAGAAAAACAUUGAUACAAAGGUGAUUUCUUUGCCCCUUAACAAGAAAAAAGGUAACUGCUGAAAAGAGAAAUCCAAAUUUAAUGCCAAUAAGCCAAUUAUGAGUAUUUUGAUAUCUGUAUAUCUGAUAUCUGUAGAUAAAUAUGUGUAUUUGAGGGGAAAAUGCUUAACUAUCUUGAGAAAUUUUGUUAAGCUUAAUAUCUGGCACAAAAAGGAUUUUCACAUUUUUAUUGUAGGAAUUAAAAACUUGAAAUUUGUCUCUCAUCCAAAGAAUAAAUUUGCUUUGUUUAAUCUACACUGCAGAGUAUAUCAGCUGUUUCCGCUUUUAUACUUGCACUGUAAUUGUUUUUCAACUGAAGACUUAAGUUAAUCACAGAAAGAAACCCCUUCUUGUUGAGUAACAGAAUUAAAGAAUGGAGUUUGAUUUCCAAAAGUUAUAUAAAUAGCUGUGUCAAAAAAUAAUACUUUGUUUAAAUUACUUGGUUUCCAAGCUUUGUUUUAAUGCUUUGGAAAUAAAAAAAAUAUUGACAAAACCAUAGUCCUGUAAAUUUAAAAUAUUUUUAAAAAUUAUAACCAGUUGAAAUCCAGAAAUGCUGACAAUAGUGCACUGUUUGCACCUGUUUUAUUAUUAUUUUUUACUUACAGAACCUGGGAAACACAUUCAUGAAUAUAUUUAUUACUCUUGGUUAAUUUGGUAUAAAUAUUCUGAAUUAAGGCCAUUAAAAGUUAUGGUUCGCUUAAUCAAAAAUGUAGCCAAGUUGAAUAGAAUCUUUAUCCUUUAUCAACAAUUCAAUAUGGCUUAGUUCUAAGGUCCCUAGUCUUAGAGAUGCUAUUACUUUAACAGCUACACUAGUUUCUAAGGUGUACUUCAUGGUUUUAUUUACUCAUUUUCAAGUUACUAAAAAAAAUAUACAGGAAUAUAUUGUUGUGUUUAAGGAUCAUUUUGGGCAAAGAAAGCAUGUAAUCUUGUGGCCAGUUAAAUCCAAUUCACUCUGAUGUGUAGUGAAUACAAAAUAGUUUAAAUUCUAUUAAUAUUUUGUUAUUUUUCCCUUUUCUUCCCCAAUCUGUACAAUAAUCAUAAAUUUUUUUUCAUUUGAAAUAUAUUAUCAAGAAUUCAUAUUUUGUUUUAGCAAGAACAAAAAAAAGAGAUAAGUGUCACUCUUUCUAUGUCAAUAUAAGCUUUAGGAUUGUUACUGCAUAACAAGCAACAUAGCUCAGAUUACUCAUUCAUAUUUAUAAAUCUGUUCAUUUUGACUCAGAUUACUCUGAUCACAAAUUAGUUAAUGCUAUUAUAUUCUCUCAGCUAUGCAUAUUCUAGAAUAAGCCAUAGUAAGGAACAUGGCAUAUGGCCUCUUUUAUAUACAUUGAUUUUUUUCCCCAGAAUUUUAAAUUUUCAUUGUAUUUCUUUUAGAAGUUUGCUGCACUUGUUACAUUUGUUCCAGUUUAUAGUGCUAAUGUAUGUUAAGCCUUAUAACAGAACCACGAACAGGAUAAAACAAGUUAGAAAUAUUUUGUUGUAUUUCUUGUGAGGGACAAUCUGUGACUAAUUUGAGGUCUUCAGUACAAGGGUAUGGAAUAUUAUAUGUGAAAUGGCAUUGUGUGGCUGUCAGAAGAAUAAUAUAGAUCGUAUAUUCCCAAAAUUUUGUAAAAUAGAGGGUUUGCAUACAUUUUUACUCUUCAAGGACAUGUGCUCUAAAAUUAUGUAUUUCCUUUUGUGUUGAAUGUUUUGGUAAUUUUACAUGAAACAAUUAUUUUCUAUUUUUACGCUAAAAUAUUUGUGCAUAAAAUUGUCAAUAUAGUAAAAGUAAAAAAAUAAAAUAAAAUUUUACACAGCAA